CACUGACUGGAAUAGUUAGAUGGCAGUUAGGCAGCACUCAUAAGCGGUACUGACUAGCACUGAUAGGUGACACUGACUGUAACUGAUAGGUGGCACUGAAAGGCAGCUCAGAUGGGCACUGAUAUGUUACAUUGAUGUGCACUGAUGGGCAAUGACAGAUGGCACUCAUGGACACUGACAGGUGGCACUGAUGGGGCUACACUGAUUAUCAGGGCACUGGUCAUCACUGAUCACAUGACAGAGCUGAAGUCAUUG